CGUAAGCUCACUCGACCAAAACAAAUAUGGCGGAUACAGUAAUGAUGGUAAAGACUCCAAAACCUUUUGUCUGUUUUUUCCCCGGUUUUUCUUGAUUUCGUUUAUGGGUUCGGCCGUUUUAUAAAGUCGUCGUUGGGCCGGAGAAGUGUUUUUGGAAGGUAGUUUGACCGGACACCCAACAAAACGAAACCUAGACUAUAAACGGAAGUGUGUGUGGCUUUUUUGAAACUAAACAUCCGCCUGUGCAGCGCGUGUUUGCUGUGUUAUGUCGUUAUUUCAGUGCAUGAAAAAUGGGGAAAACAUGAAAAAUAAAGACGUUGAGGUUCAACGACACGAAGAAUGGUGUGCUGAUUGAGAGGACCAAUAAUAUGUAACUCAAAGCAAAGAAAGGAGAAAUGGACUUAACGUGGAUACAACCUGAGAGCACCGAGUGGUAAACAGUAAUACUUUACAGAAAUAUUACCAUGGGUUUGGUAAACUUUGUCAUAUCCACUGUAGGAAAAUGUCUGGAUGCUCUCUGCUUACUACUGGACCUGAACUUUGUCAUCGUCCACACCGUGGUGCAGACUCUCCUGGCAGUCAUCACCUUCAUAACCAGCCUGCCCAGCCUCCUUUAUAACUCGGUGCUGGAGCUGGGAAACCUCGUUCUGCUUUGCGCUGUGUCCACCGCGGAGGCGACAUCAAACCUAGCUCACAGCACUGUGGCUAAUUUGGGGAGCUUGUUGCUGGUUCUGGAGGGGCUCCUGGAGAGCUUGAAGAUGGUGGGUUACCUGUCUAUGCACGUCCUACUGCGUGGAAAGGAGCACUUGUGUCGAGGGCUGCUGUCAGUGAUUGAGGGCUGUGGCAUCGCAGUCAGCCUGGUGGUCUAUUUUACCAACACAGUGGUAAACUUUGUGCUUAUCGCUACCCAGAACAUCUACUUGGCAUUGGUCAGCAUGUGGCAGACGGUUUCCACCCCACUGCAGAAGGCGCUGGAGCUCACGUUGACCUGUUUCACCUUUCUGUACAGCAGCCUGGCCGGCACAUCAGCUUUGCUAUGGACACCCUGCAAGAUCGUUUUGGACUUCCUGGUUUCACUGGUGCACAUGUUCAUUAGCAUCUUCAUACUGAACAUCUACGGCCUCGUGCUCACCAUUACUAUUGCACUGGCCACCACCGCUUACCUAAACCCGGGACUGUCCCGACAGAUUGCUGUGCGCGUUGUAGAAUAUAUAAACUCCUUUUCACUUCUCCGUAGAUUAUGUUUGGCUCUCAAUUGCAUCACUUCAGCCUUACUGUGCACGCCUCACUUUAUACGCCGUAACGUGCAGUACCUGCAGAGGAUCCUCUAUCACAUCUACCGACUGGAGAGACGACUUUGGCAGCAGUUGUCUCACCAAAGCAGCCUGAUUGGCAUGAUGCUCCGACCACAUCUUCACAGGCAAAACAAUAACAAUAACAGCAACAACAGAGCUGGAGGUGACGGUGACCCUGGGGAAGAGAGGCGGGACCCACCAGAUGGUAGAGCAGGAGAUGGAGCCCACCAGGAGGUGCUCAAUCCAGUUUUACCCUCCUCCAGCACAAACAAGCAGCUAAAGAAGAAGUCAUGUUCAGGCGAAGAUGGUAAACCUCUGCCAGCUGAGAGUCUGCUGACUCUGCUGAAGGAACAGGAGGAGAGGAAGAAGUGUGUGAUUUGUCAGGAUUGUGCCAAGACAGUGGUGCUGCUGCCUUGCAGACACCUCUGCUUGUGUAGAGACUGCACACACAUUCUUUUAAGGCAGCCCAUCUACCAGCAGAACUGCCCGCUCUGUCGGCAAAUGAUCCUCAACACCAUGGACGUGUAUCUAUGAGGGACCAGCCAAAGUGGAUCAACCGGUGUCUGAUGCCAAGUAGCCUCACAGCCUAUCAGUAUCUACAUGUAUAAGUUUUACCACCAGUGAGCUUUACUAUUUAAAGAUUUAUUUUUUUGUCUUUUCACUUAAAUGGGACUUAAGUGAAAAGACCAGACCAGACUUGUUAAACAUACUGGAUAGCUCUGGAUUAUUUGGGAAUUGAGAGAUUUAAUGAUAGUAAGAAAAGAAAAAGUCACCAGGUUGUCUUCUGGUGUCAGAUGCGUGCACACGUUAACAGCACAUGUUGUGCCCUGAUUCCAUACUAUACACUAAAUGUAAACAACACAUAGUAUGUACAAGUUCUCAUGGUAAACAUUUUCUGUGAGUAUGCAAGAAGUCAACAUAUUUAUAUGUGCACAAUAUUUGUGCCAUGAUGCAUCACAAAAGUGAUACAGCUGUAUACAUUUUGGGAGAAAGCCAGAUGUUUUGUUUUGUUUUUUCAGCUGUAAGCACCUCUUUGUGCAUUUUGCAUCAAAAAUGUAAACACAAGCUUCUUUUUCUCACAUGACGCCCUGGAAAAUAUCAGAAUAAGUUCUGUUCUCACUUCUGAGAAUAUUCCUUAGCUUAGGUGAGGUAGUGGCGUGGGUACGCCUUGCUUGCUUAAUUCUACGCAUUAUUUUCCACUCCGUUCCUUCAGGCAUCAUAUAAACUUUAUACCCAAGGAGCUAGAAGUGUAAAAAAAUCAAUUUUCAGAAUGAUCUCUGUUCAGGGAUGCAAUGCUUACAAUGCUUUAAAUAUCAGUCACGUGUGCAACUGUGUGUGUGUGUGUGUUUGAGCUUUGCUUUAAUUUUUGCCUUCCCAGUGUAAAUCCAUACUCAAAUCCUAGAGUUAGUCUUGAUUUUGGGGGCAAGUCUCCAAUUUAAGAGUAAGCUGUGUCUGUUGCUGUUUGCCACAGGGAUGCACUGAUUAAUCAGCCACGCAUCAGCUGUUUGCCAGUAUUAACCUUGCUGACUGCCUGCUACCCAUUUAAGAUGAUAACUACAGUGGCCCUGAGAGGUCAAACAGACUGCAACUAAAGAAACAUCAGCAAAUAGAGAAAGAAAAUACUGCACAAAUACAACAAAAAUAGAAAAAAAAACAUUGCAAAAGCUAAAAAAAAUUAACGUUUUUAGUUUCUGGGGAAACAACUAUUUGAUACAGCAGCUGUGGAAGUUACAGAAACCAAAACGUGAAGGAUUGCACUGAGACACACUCGACAGAAGCAAAAGAUUCAUUAUCGUUGUAAAGGAGAAGCAAUGCAAGGCAGUAUAUAUAUUGUUUUAAUCACACAAUUCAUACAGUACUGUAGACGUAUGUUUGCUGUUAGCUGUUUACUGUUAGCUUGUCACUUCCACAGCUGUCCUGUCACGUUAUUGUCUUCCCAAAAACACUUUUUCUUUGGUGUUUUUUUCCCCCUUUAGUUUUUCCUUUAACAGUGUUGUGUCAGUUUCUGCUGUGUUUUGUGUGCUUUUACAGAAUUUUCCAGUUUACUGGUGGGUUUCUUUUAAGAUGCAGUGCAUUUGACCACUCAGAGUUCUUAGGUUUGGUCAACUGAAUGCUCAAAAACAAGGUGGUUAAGAGGUCUGGUAUAUCCUUAAAAGUGAUUGUUUGUUUGUUUGUUUGUUUGUUUGUUUUAAGUUUCCCUGGCACAAAUGGAGUUCCAGUGUUGCUACAUUGAGCCUCAGGCAUUGCUAAAAAAGCUUUUCUACCACUCAUGUCUUAAAUUGUUGUGAUUCCAGUGGGCCAAGCUGUGAAGGAAGGAAGCUAACACUGUGCUUUUACUUUAUUAGUGAACACAUAAUUCCACAUGCUGUACGCAUGAAUGUUGUAUGUAUAAAUGCAGCUUUCACCCUUUAGACCAGAUUCUGUGAACCACUUCACCAUUUUGUCUUUCCAGUCAGGCUUGAUUCCAUUUAUUGUAUCUUAUUUCUUCCAGCUGAUAGGGUCUUUCCUGUCCUCUGCCAGAGGUGAGUUACAGUCACAACUGACGAGUAAUCCAUAAAUGGUUUUCCCUUUCUUUUGACAUUGCCGUAAAACAGAUUUCUGUGGUAUAAAAGGACCAUAAACAAAUAAGGAUUUUGCAAUUUAAUUUGCGGUUGUUUCUCCCUUUUUUUUCUGUUUCAUUUAAAAUAUUAAAAUUGAUUUAUGUUAAAAGUUUACAGGACAAUAUUUUGUCACCAGUUAUUGCGUUGUUAUUGAUGGUGGGUGGUGUAGAGUCAGAUAUGGAGAAAGAAGAAAAUGCCACUGGUCAUUUGAUCAGAUUUGCCUUCUUACAAGAUCAUAUAAAAAUCCUCAUUUUGUGUAAUUUAAAUUGCAGUUUCUGAAGAAUUUGCAGGGUCUCGAGUUGUGUAAUGGAAAAUACUGAUGAUGUCACGUUUUCUACCGCGGGUGAAAGCGGUCUCAGUGUCAAUUUGGAAGAUUAUUCAUGAUUCUAGAGCCUGUAGUCAGAAUAGACCGCUCUCAGGUAUUUCUAAAGCACCAAUGGCAGUCCUAACUAAAGAUUGCAGUGGGUAGAAACACAUGCUGAUUGCUGAAUGUAUGAACUGUGUGAGCAGUGAAGGACUGUGAGUUGAAGACAUGAAUGUGUGUUAUGUUUUUAAAAUUGCCAUGUGACUGUCUUGUGUUUGUAAUAAAAUAACAAUCCCUGAAA